AUGGUAACCAAGCCAAACCCCCUUUUGGGUGUUGAAAAGCGAACCGUGGUAACCAAGCCAAACCCCUUUCGGGUUGUUGAAAAGCGAGAUGGAGGUUUACGGACUCGGGAUAGUUUGGAUGAAUUGUGGUUUCUUUCACCGUAUAGGUCACCACCAGUGGCCUCAGCUACAACACUGGGACCUCCUCCGAGUGACUUUUCAACGCGUCCACGCUCCCACCUCUUGUAUGAUCCGCACUUUAACUGUGACCCUGGGAUCCCGACCUCCGAAAGUUCCCUGUCUCAUGUGGAUGAGCCGAGCCAGCGUGACGAGAUCUCCCUUCCAGCUCGAGUGGAAAACACCUACCAGCUGGGUCCUAGAAAACAUUUUCCUAUGGUCACCAUCAAUCAUGUUUUGAAAGAUGUGUUAACAAAGUAUCUACAAGAAGAAAAAUAUGAACCAGAGCUCUGCAGGAAGAUGACUAAACUGCUUUCUGAGGUUAUUAAAACCCAGGUCAAAGAAUUAAUGAUCCCUUGGUAUAAACUAAUUGUUGUCACUCACAUCGGACAACUGAAGCGUCAGAGCUUGUUUAUUGGAAGCAGAUGCCUCUGGGACCCUAAAAGUGAUACUGUUUCAUCCUACAUUUUCCGAAACUCUUCUCUGUUUGCCCUUGCCAGUGUCUAUGCAAUUUACUUUGAGUGACUGAAAGUAAGAUGUGUAGUUCUUACUUUUUUAAACCAUAAAGCACACUUUAUGUUCGCCAAAAUUUUACUGCCAAAAACUUUGAGAAAGAAGCAAGACUAACAUUUCAAACAAAUGGGAGCUUUCAGGGUUUUUAAUACUCCGAAAACUGGGAAACUCCUUGGUCCAAAGCAGAAAAUACUAAGUCAUGGUUCUGCUAGACUGCUUUUCAAAUGCAUAGAUUUUUAUUAAGUAUUACUUUUGGUAUUGACUAUUUGAAUUACUCUUUAAUCAGAGAGUUAGAAUUUCCUGUAUUACUUUUUGACGAAGAGACAUUUCAGAAAUAUCUGGCUAUAUAUCCUGAACCCAAUAAAUGACAGUAGCAUUUUUAUCGUGAAAUACACAAAUGAUCAGUGUUAAUAUGGCUCAGUGCUGCAUAGCAAAGAAUUCAGGUUUUCAUUCUGCACUUAAUAAAUUGAGCAGCAUUCAUUAACUGCAAUUACUGUUACAUGUACCUGACAGUUGGAACUGCUGAGGUAGGAUUAAUGACUUCAUAACCAUUUAUCCUGGUCCCGAGGGACCACAAGCUAAAACUAGAAGCUCUUGUGGGUCGACUGCACUUUACAAAAUUGCAGGAGAGCUGCACAUUGGCUCUUCAAUAAUGGAAACUAUAAAGUGAACAGUGG